AUGUUGUGUGUAUGUAGUAGUAGUAGCAGCAGUAGCAGCAGUAGUAGCAGCAGUUGCAGUAGUAAUAGCAGAAGCAGCAGUAGUAGUAAUAGUAGUAGUGGUAAUAGGAUUAGUAAUAGUAGUAGUAGUAAGAGGAAGGGGAGAAGUAGGAGUAGUAAUAGAAGUAGUAGUAGGAGUAGCAACAGCAGUAGCAGCAGUAGUAGUAGUAGUAGUAUAGUAGUACGAGCAUGCAGUAGUAGUAGCAGCACCAGCAACAGCACCAGCAACAGCAACAGAAGAGCCAGCAGCAACGGUAAUUGCAGAAGUAGUGUGGUAGCAACGGCAGCAGUAGCAGCAGUAGUAAGAGUAAGUGGUAGUAGUUGUAAUAGUAGUAACAAUGAUACUAGCAGUAGCAGUAAUAGUAGUAAUAAUAGAUAA